AGUUUCAGUUUGGUAAUACAUUGUGGUAAUACAACCAAUUGUUCACAUUGGCAAUAGAAAAUCUCCUCAUUGAGUAUUUGAAAAGAUCAAUGUGGCAGGACUCCAGUAUUCAACGAAUGACCACAUGACCGUAACAUGAAACAGCUUCAAGGCUCUGAGAAGACACAAUUUAAAUUUAGAUUUAAAAAUUCUGAAAAAGUGAAGAAGACAAGAUGAGACAGACAUGAAAAACAAUACCCUCCAACAAAUAUUUAGAUAUAUGGAAUUAGAGAACUACAAAGUAAUUUUCCAUGGAACUUCCCCUUAAAUAAACAACCUUAUCAGGAUUUCAAUUAACUUGAGCAAUCUAGGUACCGGUGUGCCAGACCAGCUUUUCAUUCCAUUGUCAGAGAGGUUUAUUUUUAAUUUGGAGUGGCAGCCAAUGCACUCAGUGCUAGUUGCAUUAAUACCAUUUGAGAACAUGCAUUCUCCAUGACUGUUACAGUAAAACAGCUGUAGCUCUCUCUGAGUCAACUCAUUCCUGCUCAAUGCAAACACUGGAGAAAUAUGCUUGCGGUAGGAAAAAAGCAAGGGAACAAGCCUUUGCCCCCCGUUGAACAUCUUGCUCUGUCCUACUGCAUGCCUGCGCUGCGAAAAGGUCAUUCCUCAAAUGCCCGGCAAUCAACAGCCUCUAAAGAAACAAUUUUAAAUGUUUUGGUGACGUCAAGGGAGAGAAAGAAUUUGGCCUGUGCAUUGCGUAGUAGGUCAUUUAAAAGCCUUGUAGAAAACUAAAGCAGAUAGCAUAUCAAAGCAGAGGUGUUUAUUUAAGAGUAGUGUCAUGCCACUGGCACAAAGAGGGAAUCAGUCCCAGAAGAGCUUCUGCUGUGGAAAGAACAUUAACCCUUAAAAGCCUGGCUAAUUGGGGGAGAAAAAACAAGUGCAUGGUAGAACGUGAAACAAACCUCCUAUUGCUAGCAUCUUGAUUCUUUUUGGAAAAAUGAGUAAACAGGUGUCUCUUACGGCCUGUAUCGCCAAAAUGUAUGAAGGUGGCACUUUGGACCGUGCUGGUGGAACCAGGACAGAUUCACCCAUAAAAAAGCCCAGCACCAGUCUCAGUGCCAUGGACAAUAAGCUGAAUCUUCUGGAUGCAAAGGUGGAGAAGAUCUUGAAAAGUCAGGGGGAAGUCCUGAAGAAGCUUGAAGUAGUCUACCAGGGCAUUGGGAACCUGGAAAAUGGCAUCGCAAAACUGAAGACAGCAAAGGAACCUCCAAGCACUGGAGAAGAUAUUUUGAAAAAGGGAGAGCCGAGUUUAUACAAUGAGAUCAAGGCUCUGUGCACUGAAAGCGUGAACCUGCUGAAAUCCCUGCAACAGGAAACAAACAAGCAAAGAGAGAAAAUUGAUGGGAUUGAACGCUCUGUCUCCACCACAGACAAAGUCAUUACAUUUAUUGGCGAGACCUUCAAAAGCUCUAAAAUAGUGGCAUAUAUCCUCAAUGGCACAGUUCCCUGGAGGAAAGGCAGUCUUUUAGAAAACACAGAAGAGAAAAAAGAAACAGGUGCAAAGCCCAAAGCUGAAUUCUGCAAUCGAGCAAUUCAGGCUGAGAUCAGGAGAUCUCCUGAAGAUGAUACAGGUGUGAAGAAACAGCCAACUAAAACAGAUGAACGUGUCAACUCGGCUCUUCAAUCUCAAUCUGACAAUCAAGUGGAUGAAAGUCCCCUAGCCCCCAUCACAUCUACAGAAGUGCUCGCUGAGGCCAAGAGCUCAGAGCUCAGUAUUGCAAGCGCCAAACAUACUGCAGAGAAUAAACCGUCUCGGAAACCCAAGGAGGUCACCAUCAAAAGCAGAGAACCCACUCGAACACAGACCUUUAUUAAAGAAACCCAUGAUGUUGGAGUGAACACAGAUGACCAUGAUGCACCUGACUGUCAGAAAGAGGAGGUCACUAUUACUGUUAUAACAGGGGAGACCCAGACUCCAGCCCCCGCUGUCAAACUAGAGCUGAAUGAGGCUACUGCAUCACCUCUUGACCGGCAUCCCGAUAUUAAACAUGACAUUCCCGGUGAAUUACAAAGAAAGCCAUCUUUGGCUGAACAAGGAGCUCUUUCAACUACACAGCAGCAAGAAGAAGCUCUGAAAAGCUCUAAAAAUGACGUCAAAGGAGCCAAAAAACCAAAGGCAGAGAAAAAAGAGGUCCGCAAAUCCUCCAAAAGCGCUCUACCACUGACAAAAAACAAAGAUACUGCCUCUGAAAAAGACCUUGAAGUUCCCGUAACCCCCCUAAAGGGCACUCCCCCAGACAAAACCCAGAAUGAGCAGAAAACCCAGGCCAGUGAAGCACAAAAUACAGACAAUGACAGUGUCAAGAAAAAUAAGGCUGAAAAACUCUCCAAAAUUGAGUCGCCAAAUAAGUCAGCUGAUCCUGUACAACGAACUGAGCCUGAGAAGAAGACUUCAGCAACAGAGACCAUCGUAGCAUUGGAGACUAAAGCUGAGGAGACCUCAGACACUAAAGCUGUGGUGAAUGCUAAACCUCAAAAAGCAUUGCGAGUUAUCAUUGAUGACAGCCCGUCUCAGCCAGCACCCUUUGAACAUCGUAUUGUAAGUGCCAGGCAUAUGGCAGUUACCUCGUACUACUCGCUCAUUCAGAACGAGCUCUUAGGAGGGGGACGAUUUGGCCAGGUUCACAAGUGUGCAGAGCUGUCAUCUGGCCUCAUGCUGGCUGCCAAGAUAAUACAAGUUAAAGGCUCAAAGGACAGGGAUGAAGUCAAGAAUGAAAUUGGUGUAAUGAACCAGUUAAAUCAUGUCAAUUUGAUCCAGCUGUAUGAUGCCUUUGAGUCCAAGAACAAUCUGACUUUGAUUAUGGAAUAUAUUGGCGGAGGAGAAUUAUUUGACAGAAUCAUCGAUAAUUAUCAGCUGACUGAGCUCGAUGCCAUCGUGUUUACCAAACAGAUCUGUGAGGGGGUUCAGUACCUGCAUCAGCAGUACAUUCUCCAUUUAGACCUGAAGCCAGAAAACAUUUUAUGUGUAAACCGCACAGGAAACCAAAUAAAAAUCAUUGACUUUGGACUGGCAAGAAGGUACAGACCCCGCGAUAAGCUGAAAGUUAACUUCGGCACCCCUGAGUUCCUGGCACCAGAAGUGGUGAACUACGACUUUGUUUCAUUCCCUACUGAUAUGUGGAGUGUGGGAGUUAUCACGUAUAUGCUGCUGAGUGGGAUGUCUCCUUUCCUUGGAGAUAACGACACGGACACCAUGAAUAAUAUCCUCCAUGGCAACUGCGAGUUUGAUUCUGACUCCUUUGAAAAUGUCUCUGCAGAGGCCAAAGACUUCAUCUCUAGGUUGCUAGUGUCUGAAAAAUGCAGUAGAAUGAGUGCCACCGGGUGCUUAAAGCACGAUUGGCUGAACAACUUAGCAGAGAAAGCCAAAAGGUGCCAAGUUCUUCUCAAGUCUCAGCUUCGUUUACAGAGUUACUUGGCUCAUCGACAGUGGAAGAAACAUUUCUAUGUCGUUGCUGCUGCCAACAGACUGAAGAGAAUCCACCAGCGUGGGUCUGUGAAUCCUGCAUAGAUGGGUCAGGAGGGCUGAACAGGGCUUGGCAUGGACUCUACUACUCCACUCUCAUUUCAUGUGAUUGCAUUGCAGAUCUGCCUCUUAUAGACAGAAUGGUGAAUUGUAGAACAACUACUUUGUUUACAUUACCUGUAGUAUUUAAGCAUUUGAUUUGAAUGUUUUUUUUGGUUAUAUGAAUAAUAUUGCAAUGAUUUAUAUACAGUUCCAGUGAACAUUAUUACUCAACCUUGCAUAGUUCUGUUGCUGCUUAUCGCCCCACAUUGUAGAAUCCGCAAAGAAAAUAUUUUAAAAUCAUAUGCAAAGCUGCUGUCUCUAUAGUCAGAUAACUAUUACUUUUUGUAAGAAUCUAUACAAAAUGAAUAUAGCAAGGUUUUGUUUUCUUCAGUACUUCAUUAUCGAGUUAGUCAUUUCCAGCUGUGAUUGUAUCAUCGCAUAGUGAUAACAGCCUGCAACUAUUAGAUUGUGCUAAACCAAUCAUGAGUUUUGUUUCAAAAUUAGAACAUACAAUUGUAUUUUUUUUUGUUGAAUAUAUAUUCUUUUUUAUAUGUACAAUUGAACUAGAUGUACAAUACUUUUUGACAAAGUAAAAGCAAAGGGCAGCCAUAUAAAAAGGUGUGGUGUUCUUUUGAAAGUAUAUAGAGGGGCAUUUAACCCCUAAUUGGCUAUCACAACUGAAAGUCACACAGUUGGCUAGUGUACUCAUAUACACAACUCUACUUACCUUCUGUGAAGGUAGCAGUAAUUUGGCGUGCAUGCACGUACUUGUGCUGAUCACUACAAACCUACUGUACUGUACAAUGUUAAAAUAAAUUGUGAAAGAAUUGUUUUCAGUAUGUGCCAUGCCCUCUUAAACAAGCGCAAUGGGCUGUGUAUCUCACAUGGUAACAAAAUAAUCAUUUCACACUCACAGAUAUUACCACUUUGAUUCUAUCAGUAUGUUUCAAUAUAUUUAUUUAGAUGUAAAUAGGCUUAAUUUAAUGUGAUAAGGUAGUC